AUGAAGCUCUCCCUGUUUCGAUUGAGUUAUUGGAAUCGCCGAGGAAGCAGCUUCAGAUCAUCUGCAUCGUUGGAUCCUUCAUUCGAUGGAGGUUUCGUCGGCAAGUCGUCUCCAUCGUCUAUCUUUUGGCUCGUGAUUCAUGGUCUCUGCUGCUUGAUCAGCUUGAUUCUAGGUUAUCGAUUCAGCCAUUUAGUCCUCUUCUUCCUAUUCUCGACUUCCGUCACCAAUUUAUACACCACACCAUUUCUCUCCGCCGGCACCGGCGGCGUAAGCCGGCUGCUCCGGCUGAAACCUCUGGAAACAACUAACAGCACGGUGAGGAGCUCCCGAGUGGUGGUUGGAAGACACGGGAUCCGGAUCCGUCCAUGGCCUCACCCGAAUCCGAUCGAGGUCAUGAGAGCGCAUCAGCUGCUUGGGAGAGUACAGAAGGAGCAGAAAUCGCUGUACGGUGUGAGGAGCCCCAAGACUGUGAUUGCGGUGACGCCGACUUAUGUACGGACUUUCCAGGCGCUUCAUCUGACCGGAGUUAUGCACUCGCUCAUGCUCGUCCCUUACGAUUUGGUGUGGAUCGUAGUGGAAGCUGGUGGAACCACCAACGAGACGGCUUCGUUCAUCGCAAAAUCAGGAUUGAAGACGAUUCACAUAGGAUUCGACCAGAAAAUGCCAAAUACUUGGGAAGAUCGCCACAAACUGGAGACCAAAAUGCGACUUCACGCCUUGAGAAUCGUGAGGGACAAGAAGUUAGAUGGGAUCGUUGUGUUUGCUGAUGAUAGCAACAUGCAUAGCAUGGAGCUAUUUGAUGAGAUUCAAGCUGUGAAAUGGUUUGGUGCUGUAUCUAUUGGAAUACUUGCUCACUCUGGUAAUGCAGAUGAGUUAUCAUCAGUACUGAUGAAUCAAGGGAAGAAGAAAGGCAAACCUUCAAUGCCAAUCCAAGGUCCUAGUUGUGAUUCCAAGGAGAAACUUGUGGGAUGGCACGUUUUCGACACACAGCCUUAUGCCGAGAAGACUGUAGCUUUCAUCGAUGACAAAGCCAAUUUGAUGCCUAGCAAGAUGGAAUGGUCAGGGUUUGUGUUGAAUUCGAGGUUGCUCUGGAAGGAACUUGUAGACGAUAAACCAACAUGGGUUAAAGAUGUCAACUUGUUGGAUGAUAAUGGAGAAGUUGAUAGUCCAUUGUCUCUGGUGAAGGAUACUUCAAUGGUGGAGCCGCUUGGAAGCUGUGGACGCCAUGUCUUGCUAUGGUGGCUCCGGGUUGAAGCCAGAGCUGAUAGCAAAUUCCCACCUGGCUGGAUCAUAAAUUCUCCCUUAGAGAUCACAGUGCCAUCAAAGAGGACACCAUGGCCAAACUCGUCCUCUGAGCUCCCAGUGGUCAUCAAAGAAGCAAAAAGACGCUCCGGUAAAUCAAGAGGAUCAAAGAGCAUGAGCUCUAAGGGAAAACAACAAACAAGCACCGAAAGCUUUUGA